AUGGUGGUCAGGUGGCAGAGUGAUAACACAUUUGCCUUUCACCUAGCCAUCAGGGAAGGUUCACCGACGACGUCAAAUAUGAGAUUCUGUACUGAUAUUUAUUUUUUAUUUAUGAUGUACGCAUCUAUAUACCAAGUAUAUGGAACAGUUAAUAAUUAUAAACAAUCUCAUCCAAUAAGAAAUGAUGACAGAGACUUGGAGAAUAAACUUUUUGACGAGAAGACCGAAGUGAUUCCAGCCAACUUCAACACCACUUACCGCGACAUCACAAAUGUGGAUAGAGAAGUGAUAUUUAAAUAUUCCUACCAAGAGAACAUUAAUAAGACAACAGCUGUUAGAGUGACAGUGUCACUUCCCAAAAUCAAGGAAGUUGACACCAACAACCCUGUCCUGUUCGUCGUACGUCAACAACAGGGCAUUCUGUCAUGGCGAGUGCCUAUGUACUUGGAAUAUGUCUACACGUACAACAUGGUCAGCCGUAACCUUUGUCCAGUUGAUGCCGUCCACAGGAACUCCACGGAAAAAAACCAGACUGUGUUUGUGGAUGUAUCUACUUUCUCAAAACAAAACCUCACGUUUACAAUCUCUGCGGAUUUUGUAAAAGAUUUUAACCUGAGUACCAACGAGGUGAGGAAUGUAAAUGUCACGCCGUCAGAGCCACAGUAUUUUAUGUACACAUUUCCAGACAAUGUGGACUCAGUAUUCGUACAGGCAAUGUCCGACAGCGACCUCUGUAUGAUACUCUCAGUUCAGGAUGUAAAGUGUCCAGUUUUUGAUCUUGACCGAGAUGUUGAAUUUGCUGGUGUACACCAGACAAUGACCAAGCAGGCAGCCAUUACUGCUGAGAAAGCUAAUUAUGAUCAGAAAUCGUUCUACAUUGUCAUGGUGUUGAAGCCCUCAGACUAUGACUGUAACGGUAUUGAUACUAUACAAGCUCCCGGCUACACUCGCAGGAAACAGCUGACACUGCAGGUUCAUGGCACCAUCAGUGCUAAGAAGUACUAUGCAGCUAUAAUAGCAGCAGUCGGUGUGUUUGUAGGAUUUUACAUCGUAGCGUUCAUCGUAGGAAUUUUAUAUCAUGGCUGUCGAAAAAAUUGGGGUGUUUGGGAAUUUGUACUAGAGGAAGAUACAGAAGAGACAGACCCUCUUGCAAUAAGUGUUCAGGGUAAUCGUCAUGGAUAUGGGAGUGUUAAUGUGGACGAUGUUUCAGAAGGUAACGAUGCCCAGAGAGAUAAGGAGAUGUACAGGGUUCCCCCACCACAACUCGCCAGAACUCCAUCUGAGGAUGAUGUAGAUUUCCUAGACGAUGCGUCAAGUGAAAAGAAUGUCCUUCGUACAAAAACUGCACUGUUUGUUUGUGACUUGGCAAGGAAACCAAAGAAACGACAAGAGAAAAACUACAGGCUAUUUUGCCGAAAUCUUAUGGCUAUUGCCAUUUUUUAUGGUUUACCCUUGGUUGAAAUGAUCUACUUGACGUUUCAGGUUUUACAUGUGACAGGAGACCAGGAUAUCUGUUAUUAUAAUUUUGACUGUUCACGACCUCUGGGUGUGCUCAGUGCCUUCAACAAUGUCUUCAGUAAUAUUGGUUAUGUCAUGUUAGGGUCGCUGUUCCUGCUACUGGUGUGGAGAAGAGACCUUGUGUAUAAAAAAGCUGUAGAGAGAAAUCCUAUGGUGGAAACAAAAUAUGGCCUUCCCCAACACAAUGGGUUACUGUAUGCGAUGGGACUGGCUUUGUGCAUGGAGGGUUUAAUGAGUGCCUGCUAUCAUGUUUGUCCAAACUAUUCCAAUUUUCAGUUCGACACAUCCUUCAUGUACAUCAUCGCCUGUCUGUGUAUGUUGAGGGUUUAUCAGAACAGACAUCCUGACAUCAGCGCCAAAGCUCACACCUCCUACCUUGUCAUGGCCUUCAUUAUCUUCAUAGCCGUUGUUGGUGUUGUAUAUGGAACAAACAUUUUCUGGAUCCUGUUUGCUCUCGUUGACAUGCUUGCCUCUCUAAUUCUGAGUGUUUAUAUCUACUACAUGGGCCGUUUUAAGAUGAACACAGGAAUCGUAACCAAGAUGUAUCUGUCUAUACGUUACGAGUGUGGACAUUGCACCAAGCCUAUGUAUAAGGACAGACUUGCUAUCCUCUUCAUUGGAAAUGUAAUAAAUUGGAGUUUCGCCAUCUAUGGAGCUGUUACAUGGCCAUCAGAUUUUGCCAGCUUUUUACUGGGAAUACUCAUUGUUAACUUACUUCUGUAUUGCUUGUUUUACAUCAUCAUGAAGUUGCGGUAUAAAGAAAAGAUACACCCUAUAGCUGUGUUGUGUAUCCUCACAGCCACAAUUGUCUGGAUCCUGGCUCUCUAUUUCUUCUUUGCUCAUUUAACAUCUUGGCAGCUGACUCCGUCUCAGUCGAGAGAAGGCAACAAGAAUUGCAUAGUGCUGGAUUUUUAUGAUGCCCAUGAUGUCUGGCAUUUUUUGUCAGCCAUUGCUAUGUUUUUGUCUUUUCUGGUCUUGUUGACCUUGGAUGACGACCUCUUUUCUACACGCCGAGACAGAAUCACGGUGUUUUGAUGAUAUGACAGAGACAAGGACAGAGGAUGUCAUCUACCACUAAGUGCUACAAGUAUUCCAUGUCAUUUGGUUUAAACAAUAUUUUAUUUUCAGAUUUUCAUUUACAACAUACACAUACACAAAUUAUAAAAUUGAAAAUGGAUCUGGCAACAAGAUUAUAAAUCUUAUAUUAAGCCAUCUCCAAUAUAAAAGU